CUGUGAGAGCGACCCUUCUACAGUGACCUCGUGAAGUACAUGAAUUCAGGGCCAUUUCUGGUAAUGGUAUGGGAAGGCCUAAAUGUAAUCAAGACUGGCAGAGUCAGGUUGGGUGAAACCAGUCAAGCAGACUUGAAGCCUGGUACCAUCCGUGGUGAUUUCUACAUCCAAGUUGGCAGAAACAUCAUUCAUGGCAGUAACUUUGUGCAAAGUGCCAAAAACAAGACAAGCUUGUGGUUUAAACCUUAA